AUGCCAUUCUUCGAUAUGCACGCGUAUAAACACGUCAACCUCGACGUAUCACCAUCCGAAAAUUCACAAGGACAAGAUUUACCGCUCAACGACGUCUCCACACUCAGAUUCUUCAACUUGGGCAUUCAACAAUCUCGCGUCGUUUUGUUGAAUCAACAUUUAAAUCAACAUCUUUCAUCAACAUCGCAACGAUCGAAUUUUGGUUGGUCAUUAGCCGUUUUGUUGUGUCGU